UAUAAUAUUCAGUUUCAUUAUCUCUUCUAAAUGAUAUAUUAAAAAAAUUGUAGAUAAUCUUUCAAAACUUUUUGAAGGCAAAAAAAAAAAACCACAUUCGAAACGUGCCCAUAAUCGACGCCAAUAAAAAAAUGAAGUUCUUACUAUUAAUUAUUAUUGUACAAAUUAUCGUCUGUCUAUUCGAAACGGCUUUGGCUGGUAGAGACUUUUAUAAAAUACUGAAUAUACGAAAAGGCGCCUCAACCAAUGAAAUCAAGAAAGCAUAUAGAAAAUUGGCUAAAGAAUUACAUCCUGAUAAGAACAAACAUGAUCCGGAUGCCUCUGUCAAGUUUCAAGACUUAGGAGCUGCUUACGAAGUCUUGUCCGAUCCUGAUAAACGUAAAAAUUAUGAUCGUUGUGGCGAAGAAUGUGUAAAAAAAGAUGGUGCCGAUAAUAAUGCCGAUCCGUUUGCCAGUUUCUUCGGUGAUUUUGGUUUUCAUUUUGGCAAUGGAGACCACCAACAACACGAUACACCUAAAGGUGCUAACAUCGUUAUGAAUAUGUACGUUACUUUGGAAGAAUUAUAUUCGGGUAAUUUCGUGGAAAUUGUUAGAAAUAAACCGGUUUUAAAACCAGCGUCCGGUACACGUAAAUGUAAUUGCCGACAAGAAAUGGUUACUCGUAAUUUAGGACCGGGACGCUUUCAAAUGAUACAACAAACAGUGUGCGACGAGUGUCCUAAUGUAAUGUUGGUUAAUGAGGAGAGGACACUCGAAAUUGAAAUUGAGGCUGGUAUGAUUGAUGGGCAAGAGACGCGUUUUGUAGCGGAAGGUGAACCGCAUAUGGAUGGUGACCCCGGCGACUUAAUAAUAAAAAUUUUGCAAACACCCCACCAACGUUUUCAUCGUAAAGGUGAUGAUCUUUAUACUAACGUUACUAUAAGUUUACAGGACGCUCUAGUUGGAUUUACAAUGGAUGUAACUCACUUAGACGGUCACAAGGUUACCGUAACUAGAGAAAAGAUUACCUGGCCUGGGGCACGCAUAGUUAAAAAAGGCGAAGGAAUGCCCAACUAUGAGAACAACAACUUACACGGAAACUUACACAUAACAUUUGAUGUAGAUUUUCCUAAGAAAAGCUUGAAUGAGAUGGAAAAAGAACAAAUCAAAAGCAUCUUAGGGCAAAACUCAGCGAAUCGUAUUUACAAUGGACUGUGAAAAGUAUCUUAAAAUUGCCUACGCGAAGAUCUGUAGCUCAAUGCUGACAUGCAUGAAGACUUUAGUAUAAAUUUUAUAUGUAAUGUGGAUCAGUUUCCUCCAAGCGAUUAUUUGCGACAAUUCUUGUUAUAAAGAACGUUUCUUUAGCUUGGAAUAGUCCGUCAAGAGAUUCUCCACUUUAUGCCCUAUUUUAGCUUUCGAAAUUAUUUAAAAGUAUCAUUAAAAAAUUUUAGAAUAUUUUUGAAAGAGACACAAAUAUAAAACGUGCAAAUUUAGAAAAGUUUUUAGUAAAACUUAAAGCAUUGUCGAUGUAUAAAUAUACAGAAACUUCCCAUUCGUAAAUUAAUAUUUCUGAAGUAUGUGAAGAAAGAUAAAUUUUAAAUAAAAUUUG